UGCAGGGCAGGCUGUAGGGCGUCUUUCUUGAACUUCGCGUUCAAUGAAUGCGCCACCAUUGCGCUCGCGUACAAUGCUCCAAAACGUGUUCAGGCAGCUUCACCAAACCCGCCAGACUUUUUGUUCAUUGUGACCACCAUGUCAAAGGCAGGUUUUUACCCGUUGCUGGGAACCUGGGCAUGGUGACAUUUGUCCACUAUCCAAAAAGCAGAUGGUGUGCAGAUAAAGGGUGGGCGUCAGCUCGCUGAUUGUAGAAUGCUUGAGAUGACUUCUCGAGUGAACCUGUUGAAGUCCUGUACAAUGCAUGCACGGUCGUUUUUGAAGAAGAGCGGAAGUCACAACCACAAGAUGCCUGGGCGCUCCCGGCUGCUUGCAACCAUCCUCCUUCUGGGGGCUUUCAUCUUCCUUCUCGCUAGGACAUUCUCCUGGCAGAGGUUCGCUUUUGGAGCUAGUGCGGAGUCAAAUUACCUGUCUGGCCUGUGCUCUGAGUUCCUGAAUUGGGCUCCAGGUAGUGAGUUCCUCCCCCGAGCUCAGAGACUUUCUCUGAGUGGGUAUCCAGCAUCAUCAUUCCACAACAUAGUUCUGGGAAUUGUGUCAAGUGCGGACGCGUGGCCGGUCGUCAAGGGCACUGCGCUGCUGUGGUGGAGGCCAAAUGUGACGAGGGGCUUUGUACUGUUGGAGGAAGGGGAGGCGGCCCUGCAAUUGAAACAGCACCAGGGAGAGGAGGAGUUGAUAGAGCAGAGACGUUGGUGGGAAAGAGUUCGAGAGGAAAGAGAGCAGGCAGAGGAGCAGACACGGUCAAGAUUGCCAGGUGAUUUCAGCAUAGAAGGGGGUGGCAGCAAUGAAACUAUAGGCAUAGAUAGUACUCCGGCCAAAGAGAUAGACCUGUUCAGUUUGACGAACAGCAGCCUUGCAGAAGGUUAUGGUCAGGAGCCAGUUAUCCAGGUUCGAGGGCCCAACAGUCCAUCUGCAGACGCGCAGAUGGAUGCAUUGACAAGUGCAUUUCUAACACUAGCAGCACAGGAGUUGGCCGAGGUUCAUUGGUUCGUGAUGCUUGGAGACGACGCAGUUCUUGAUGUUGAAAAUCUGGCUGGAGUACUCAACAGGUAUGACCCGGCGGAACCGCGUUUGAUUGGAUAUGACGCCUUCAGUGGCACUGCCGGACGCAGAAGCCCCUCAAAUAAACCGAUGUCGGGCCCCGCUUUUGCCAUUAGCCUGGCCCUGGCCCGGGAGCUGAUGCUGGUUCUUCCAGCCUGUUUAGAGCGGCAGACACAGCACGCCCGCAGCGACCAAAAGCUGUACGCGUGCACGGCAGAGCUUGGGGUACCGUUGAUUUUCGAGCCCGGCUUCCAUGCUGAUGAAGAGAUGACCCCUCCCCUCGAAAGACAUGCCCCCGCUCCAUUCGUUGGAUUGACGCUCGCGCAUGACUCCUUCCGAGACCGCCUAUCAGGCGACAAUCGGACGGUCGCCCUGCAGCCGAUGGUCCGGUACAUGCGGGAGGAUCCGGCUGGGUUCCUCCAGCACGCGGUGUGUGUCGACCGGGACCUGGACCUUAUGCUGUCCGUCUCCUGGGGGCGCUCCGUGAGGCUGUACCCGGGGGUGGACGGCGUGGAGGAGCUCCUCGGUCCAAACGGCCCGGCGAGUCAAACGGAAGCAGGGGAAGCUGACCCGUGCAGAGCGCCUGCACUGCUAGCGGCAGAGGACGUCAAGCGGCUGAAGGGGAGCGGGAACACGCUCCGCUUCGAGAGCCUGUAUAUGCGCAGUCAAUUGGGUGGCGAAAAAGCGGACCGGUCUAAGUGCAAAUCACUGCAUGCGAAAAUCCAGUCCGUCAGAAUCAUACGGAAAGCAGAGAUGUUUGCAUCCGGUAGCAUGUACGCGGGACCGGGUGCCGGUCCGCACCUUAGGAGACAGUGCUGUCGGUAUGCUUUCACGGAUGGUUCGCGAACAAUCCUGAACGUUGGUUUGAGUGCCUGCCUAGCGGGGCAGACUCUCACGCAAGAGCCCGAUCGUUGGGCAAGCCCUCUGUAACAUUGGUGGAAUCUGAUCACUCGGCACUGCGAUAGCCCUUCGACUGUGGGGCACCGUUAGAUGGACGCAGGUAACGUUGCGAUGGUAUUGGCUCAUGGAAUGUGAUAGCACCUUGUUCUCGACAAUAGGGUGUACUUGCCUGUGAGCGCAGGAAGGAGCAGCAACAUCGAGAUCUGUAUAGAACGCAGCUAGACUAAGCAGUUCUCUGUAGUAAGCGACAGCUUCGAUCGGAUGAAGGAUCUGAUAUGGCUGCAACAAGAGUGUAAUGCAACAGUAGCAAGUAGUGUUCAAGGCUUGCUCGACAAGUCCCUAUCUUGGAAUAAGCAAGUCUCUUGGAUCUUGACAGCACCAAAGACAGCCAAGAGCCUACGUCGCUCUCAGUGAUCCUGGAGGCAGGCCCGAGUCAAAAGCGAUUGCAGCCUAGUCUGGUAGUUCAAUAAUGGUGAAGGUACCUGACUGUUUGCAGGGGCCUGCUUGAGACAAUCUAAUCGUGCAAUGCAUGGACCUGACUCAGUGAUCGUCCGACGAGUCGAACCUUUACGAUUCCUGUCGAUUCAAAGUUCCAGAGUAGCUGU